AUGGUAAUUCGUGAAGAUGACCCGAACUCACGCAAGUACUGCGAUGGCGAUAUCUAUCGAAACAUCCGCCUCCACCAAAGACGGGGAAAUGUCAAUGCAGAAGAGAAGUGGCGUUCUCGGCUAACAGAUCGCAAGCGCAACGACUUAGUGCGGAUGGAGUCAAAGCUGAGGAGACUUAACCGUGGAUUUGACCAGCUCCUGCCAUUUAUUGGCCUAUGGUCGAGCCUUAAGCUGGGAUAUCUGAGCCGCUUAUUCCGCCUCAGGUGCCCGGAGGAGCUACUCCACUAUCUCGAUCUUAUAUACCGUGGAUGCCAUGAUAUACUUGGCGGCUAUUCACCUCACCUGCUUGAUGCUUCGACUGUUGCAGAACUGGAGACCCUAAGCCCAGCGUUCUCCCUUCAUGACAGGGAGCUGAUCCGCCAAAUGAUGCACCAAAGAAGAAUAUUUGCUGCUGUUUCGCAGCAGGACCAUCGUGAUCGUAUUCUCGACAGGAUUCUCACGCGUGGUAGCGGUAGAAUUCUGUCAUUCCAUACCUUCUUCCAGGACUGCAUAUUCUUUGAAGCAUUGGCCAUCCCCUUGCGGAAUCUACUUCCGUCAAGUUUCAAAGGCACAGUCCGUGAGGGGUUCUUCCUCAACUACACCGAUGCCAAUCAAAAAGACAGCCGAUUUCUGAUACAGACUGGCGAGGACAGCUUUAGGGAGUCCUUUGGGAACCUGAACACCAGGAUCGAGCAUGGUUAUCGGCAGCUUGCCCUCGCAGCCAUGCGUGACUUUCCCGCACUGAGUGGCCUGUUACCAUAUCAAAACAAAAAGGAUCGUGAGCCGGCCAUGUGCGCUAUGCGAAAGGCCCGACUCUACAAGCUUGCCGAUCUCGCACUAAAACUUGGCUUCGAAACAGAGAAGAUCCAUGAGAUCAAGAGCCUUGCUUCAAAUCCAGAAGAGCAUGCCACUCAAGAAUUCCUGCGUGAGCUGUAUGAUAUCGACAGUGGGAUGGCCCACGGUCUUGCAGGUUUGGUAGGGGGACGUGUUCAUGGAGCCGCAACACCACCGACAGUCACGCAGCCAGAAUUCACCUCUGAUUUGCAAAGGCUCCCGAAGAAGUUGCGGUGCAACCGGCCGGCUUGCGAUUCAUAUGAGAAUGACAGGCGGUCGCUCUACAUAGAUGUGUUAUACAAUUAUGACCCACCCCAACGAUCUCAUGUAACCUCUCUAGCAAUACAGCGGGAUAUAUUCGUCUCCUUUUUCGGCGAGUCCGACUCUACGCCGGAAAGUGAAUCGGUCUACACGCUGGAUACCCAAAGCCCGGGUAGUGACAGCCCUCCGGAUGGGUGCCGGCCCGAAAUGGCGGAGUACGAAGAAGCCGACCCAUACCACUCGAGAGGCGACGCCCGCCCUUCAAGCCAAGCGCGCAGCAGCGAAUUAGAGGAUCCCCUCGCGAGAAUAAGGGGAGAGACCGAGCUCUUUGAGGACGUCGUGGAGGCGGAUGGGUUUGAGGGCAGUGCAGCGCCUUUGAACUCAAUCAAUCGCCUGGACAGCUCGAAGAGGCCGUCUAUGGCGAUAAAGGAAUUCCUUUCAAAUAAGCACGUUUUGGUCCUCUACAUUCAAGAUUCAAGACAGUACGCUAAGUUCAACAGCAAUGGAGACCAGAAGAACAUGUUCGAAUGUCUCGCCAGGUCACUCAGCAAUGAAUAUCGCUUCCUGACGAUACGAAAAAACAUAUUCGCCGUCCAGAAGCUGCGAGGACUCUGGUUCAGCGCGCUCAAAUACAAACUUAUCAUCGCCUGCCGUAAACGGCAAGUAAACAAUAUGGAGAAUGAUGUUGACACAUUAGAAGAGCUCUACAGUCUAUUAGAUUCCUAA